GUGCGUAGCCCCGCCCUUCCUAUCGAAUGUCAGUUUUGUAAACGAUCGAGCCACAAGAGCGAGAAUUUAAAAGGCUUUAUUGAUAAAGACUGCUGUCAACAUUGGCAAGUAAUUGAUCGUAAGACAACAUCCAAGCAGCAUUCAGAUAUGACACCUAAGCGUGGCCUCAUAACCGAUACCUUCAAAGUUGUGAAGAAGGCAAGGAGGGGGGGCAAGAGAGACAAGUCUCCUCCACCGCCAAUAGCAGAGCCUGAGCCCCCACAACUGAGUGAAAGAGAAAAAGAUCUACAAGAACUGAAGAAGUUUGAUCUGGACUAUAAAUUCGGACCAUGUACAGGGAUCAGUCGAAUGCAGAGAUGGGAGAGGGCAGCACUGCAUGGGCUGAAUCCCCCGCAGGAGAUUAAAGACAUUUUACUGAAGGAGAGCACUGACCCAGAGUACACACAGAGUCUCUGGCGUGACUAUCCCCUCUGAAAAAAAGAUGAGAAAAGAAGAAAUACUUUUGUAGUGUUUGAUAAUAUGUUUGCUUUGUUGUUUAUUACACUACAUUUUAUUAAACAUUUUAUACUCAAAAGUUA